GAGAUGGCGCCGCAGGUGCUCGGCAGGGCGCUGGUCACCGCCAAAUGGCUCUCGGAGGCCGUGCGGGCCGGGCGAGUGGGGACGAACCUGCGGGUACUGGAUGCCUCCUGGUACCCGCCGCAGGAGCGAAAUGCCCGGCAGGAGUUCAAGGAGAGGCACAUCCCCGGGGCGUCCUUCUUCGACAUCGAGGAGUGCCGGGACCAGUCCUCCCCCUACAACUUCAUGCUGCCCAGCGAGUCCCACUUCGCCGACUACGUGGGGCGCCUGGGGGUCAGCAAUGACACCCACGUGGUGGUAUACGACGGGGACAAGCUGGGCACCUUCUAUGCCCCCCGCGCCUGGUGGAUGUUCCGGGCCUUCGGGCACAAGGAGGUCUCCGUGCUGAACGGCGGUUUCAAGAACUGGGUGAAGGAGGGCCACCCUGUCACGGCGGAGGUCAGCCAGCCUGCCCCGGCCAUCUUUAAGGCCAAACUGAACACAGCCCUGCUGAAGACCUUCGAGGAGAUGAUGCAGAACGUGGGGUCCCUGCGGUUCCAGGUGGUGGAUUCCCGCCCUGAGGGCCAGUUCCGGGGGACCGAGCUGGACCAAGGUAAUGGAGGGCUGGAAUCUGGUCACAUCCCUGGCGCUGUGAACAUACCCUUCCAUUCAUUCCUAACAGAAACUGGCCAUGAGAAGAGUAUUGAGGAGAUCCAACAAAUAUUCCGUGAGAAGGAAGUGGAUCUCUCAAAGCCACUGGCGGCCACGUGCCGCAAAGGUGUCACGGCAUGUCACAUUGCCUUGGCAGCCUACCUGUGUGGCAAGCGUGAUGUGGCUGUUUAUGAUGGUUCCUGGUCAGAGUGGUUCCACCGUGCCCCACCUCGCUACAAGGUCUCUGAGUUGAAGCGCAACAAGGCCUAGAGGGAGAGUUGUUUCUUGGGCAAUGAGAUCUAGCAGCUGUCUCCAGCCCAGGGUACAGUGAAAGGGAGGAGGUGGAAGUAAAGAAGAACCAUGCUGAUUUCUAUUUUGCCAGUUUUUCUAAGAAUGAUCAGUAGAUUUGUAUCAAUCUUUCGAUUUCUCAUAAUGAAUAAAAUCUACUUCUAAGAUGA